CAGGUACCGAGAUCUAGGUGUUUUUCUAAUGUCUGACGGUAUGGCUAGUGUUUGCCAUCCAAAUGCACAUAUCGAUCAAUAUCUGUAGUAGUGUGGGUGUUCUUGCAUUGACCAGUUGUCUUGUAUAGCUGUUUGCUUAACUAAUUAAUAUGGUGUGGUAAAUGAAGCCUGUACCAUCUGUAGAUAGUUAGUAAUUAGCUGUUGUGGAAGACACUGUAUGAUAGCUCGGUACCCACAUGACACUCACAUUUUAUCAGUCAAGUAAGUCACUGUUGACUGCAAGACUGAAGCAACUGGUUGUGAUGAGUCAUGUUUGUAUACAGAAUAUUAUAAUGCAACGUUGCUUUGUCAUUUUCACGAGUCAUAAAUACCUACACAUUGCAAUACAAUGACUCUGGCAUAGAAGUAAUUUGCAUACAAUGGGUUUACAAGCAUAUGGGUUCAGGUCACCAUGAUGAUUGGGAAACCAUAACUUGUUAUGUCAUCACACACAAGGUCUGACGUAUGGCCUGUAGAUGCCUGUACCUGUACCAGAGACUGGUUGAUUGAUGUGCAUAGAAACUCAUUUGACCUUAUUAUAAUGUGCUCUCUGCAUAUGUUUAUUAUGUACCAUACUAAGCAAUUGUCUGGUACUGCUGACAUGAGCAGUUAUGCCAAACAAAUUGCUUCCGUUGAACUACUUAUUUAAGGAGGCUUUGAAAGUUAACGAGUCAGUAUGAAUUGAGGUGUAGGUAGAUCAAGUUACUUUGUUAACAACCAGAUCAGAAGAUGCAGAAAACAGACGUCAGAUUUCUUCUUUGCUUUAUUGUAUCACUUUGUGUAGUCUCUACUUAUGAGACUGCUUUGCCAUUAUCAGCUGAGAAAAUGUUACUGAGAGAUCAUCCCUCCUCACGACCAGCUAAUCUGACUGUACCGCACACAAAAGUUCGAAGUGUUGUUCCCUCACGGUCUAACGGAAGAAAGGAGAAUGAGAGUGAUGUAAUAAGAAAGACUCUAACAGCUGGAUUUGUCAAGAAUGCUCUAGCUAACAAGGAUGGUAGACAAAGGAGUCGGUCUCAAUCUUUUUUGCCAUUAUCCUUGGCAUCAUCGAGUGCAUCACUGCCGCAGACAAAGAGCACUUGUGACAGUCUUCCCUACAGAGUGACAGUACGGCAUGUAGUCAGCAAUGUUAUUCAGUGUGAACGGAAAGUUAUGGUGAAAAUGUGUAUGGGAUACUGCAGCAGUUACAUGCAGCCAGCUGGGAGAAGGGCUUCUUCACGAUGCUCUUGUUGUAGAGGAAAGACUAUUCAUGUUGACGUUUCUCUUCACUGUGGUGCUGCUGGUAGAGUGAUCAAGAAAGUUCCUUCUGUUCCAGUGUGUCACUGUCGGCCAUGUGCUCUAGUAAAUCUUCAUUAACUUAAGUUUAACUUACUUUGUUGGUGAAUAUUGGUUGAAAAUUUUUACACUUUAGGCCUGUGUAUAGUGUGUAGACUUCAUGUAAUGCAACUCACUGCUGAUUUUUAGUAAUUAAACUCUAUGUUUUAUAUAUUAAUUAACUCUAGUAGCUGCAGGCAACAACUCAGGCACCAGGUGUGCUGUGAUUUAUCCAAAAAGACUUCGAGAACACAAUGAAUUGAUAUAUUAAUAAAC